AUGGAAGAUGUGACUGAGCUCCUCGAUGGCCUGCCAAGUCCGUGGUCCUCGAGGGUCUGCGGGGUCUUUGCGGGCCUGACUGAUGGCCCUGGAGUGCUUUGGAAAGAUCUAUCCAUUCUUGCUGGCUCUUUUGUUGGAGUCCAUUCAGAUAGUAUAGAUUUGGAACUUGGACGGUUCGUUGCGCAAGAGGGCUUCGUGUUCGAUGCCAUGACUCAUGCCACGAGUGCUAUUCCUGGAGUUUCAGAGCGCGCCCUUUCAUUUCAAAGUUGUGAUUUCAUUUUGUGCUGCGGUCGCUUGCAGAGGAUUACACCAUCCAGCUGGAAGGGAGACACCAAUGUCACCCUUACGAAACGCCCAGUUUUUGAUGCCAAAGCUGAGUGGGACUUCUUGCAUUUGUUCGCAGGUGCUUUUCAUGGAUGGAGCCAAGCAGUCAACAUGCUUCCCCGGCUUGUCGAGAGCUUUCAUGUGGGAGCUCAAGUGAGCCUUGAUGCAGAUUUGGAGGCCUUCGAGGCUCAUGCGAACGCCUUCGUACAGACAUGCGUGGAGGAUCACACUGUUUUUCAUCUGAUGGCGCGUGACAUUGUUGCAGAGUGCCUCGGGCCUUCUUUGCCGGUAAGAGCUGAUCAACGUAUCAUCCCAUGGUCGUCACAGCACUACCGCUUCGUACUACCUCGUGUUCUUCGGGAGCAGUUGACACUCACCAAAUCUGAACUGCAAACCUACGGGGAUGCCAGGUUCUUGCCUACGGCCAAACAGAACCCGGCUUUGCAGAGUGCCUCCCAAAUGCAGGUGCUCAGGAAGCGCGUUCAAGAUCCGUAUGAUACCCUCCCGACGCUCUGCGCCUCUUAUGGCAAUCAGCACAACCUGUCUCCUGCGCAUUUACAGGCCAGAGGCAUUUUCGCAGUUCUGGACUUUGGUGGGAAAGACUUCUUUUUCAUCGACCCGUUCGUGCACUGUUCCUUGCUGGGUGCCACGGAAUCGGUAGUAAUGUCUUUCAAGAUGGUGUUGGCAUUUCGACAGAUUGGCAAUGCUAUUUCGGUUCCACAAGCAAUGCUCACCCUCGGUGUUGGGUUUCGUGCUCUACUUUCGUGGGAUUUGCCUGUGCACACCUUGGUGUUGCGAUGCUGGGCUGCAAGGCUUACCAGCUUCUCGAGCUUUGUUGUUCAUAAUGACCGUUUCGCCUUCUUGUGCUCCAUCGAUGCUUUCAUCCGUGAAUUUGCUGUUCAGGCGGUGUCGGUCCCUCUUGAGGCCGAUUGUGUGGAAUGGUUCAAUGUCCGAAGUCACAUUUAUUGCCGCAAUGAGGACCAUAAGAACCUGCAUUCCUAUGCUCUUCGUGAUUUCGCCACCAUUGUCCAGCACUGCCAGAUCUGUGUCGAUGGGCGACCCUUCCUUGAGGUUACCAUGAGGCCUUGUGCGCCUGCCACCAAACCCCCUCCUCCGGGAGGGGAGAUUAUCGAGAUUUCGCCGACUCUACAGUCCAGCCGACCAAUGCCACCCCGUGGUAUUGCUUCGAACCCAUGUCCUUUGGAUUUUGAUGCAAUCACCUCCACUGAGGCCUUUUGCAGCGUCCUGCAAUCGACUGAGCAAUGUCUUCAUGACAACCGAGGUGUCCCUGCCUUGUUUGCUUUUCGCACACCUGCUAUGGCUUUCACUGGCCUUGUGUCUGAUGAGAUCUUGCGUGAUCCUGCUUUGGAUUUGCUCGCACCCGUGUGCAAGCGCUUGCGGCUUUCUGUCUCGUCAUCUGUGGAUUUGGGUCCUUGUGCCUUCUUCCUUCCUUUGCAGCCGUGCACUGAUAAUGAGCCUUGGUUUGCGUUCAUUCGAGCCAGUGGUGCAAUUGGUGUUGACCGCUGCGAGUUUGCUGUAAACACUUCUGGUUGGAUCGCCACUGACGAACUCACCUUCUGGAUCCAGCACGUGCAAUGGGCUAAUCCUGGGUAUGCCUACUUUGCCAUGCCAGUGUUGUGGGAUGAUGACAACGGUGAUUUUGACUUUGGGUCGCAGGUCAACCGCGCCAGUCACUUGGUCACUGUGGUUGUCUUGGGUUUUCCGGGCCCUUAUUUCCACACAGUUGUUGCUGCAGUUGCGCGCCUUUUGGAUUUCCAUCCUAGCAGGCUUGCUGCCUCGUCUACUGUCCUCCCUGACUAUCGUCAUAUGUGCGGAUGGGUCUUGUUGGAUCGAUGGAUUCGCGCUGCCGGUUUGCAAGAUGAGCUCCCACCGGUCAAUGAUGGCUUUGAGCAGGUCUCGUUCGGAAAGAAGGCUCUCAUUGAGGAUGUGUUGGUUUCAGCCAUUGAGGACUGGGUUGCUGACAACAUUCCCACGGAUGUGUGGUUGCAGCCUGUGAAGUUGAGGCGUGGCUUCUUCUCACAACUUGCUCGGAAUAGCAUGCAGCGUGACUCGGUCACCACAAUUCGGCUGUAUGUCAAUUUUGUUGAUGUGCAAGCACCUUUGGCCGCCCCUCAGCAUCCAGGUGGAUUUCCUCUUCGGCCUCACCCUGCCAUCCCGGAUUACCACAUUAUCCGGAGGCUGCUCAAAAUGCGCGACCAACCCGGCUGGCUGGCAUCAGAUGAGUUGGAUUGGAUUCUGGAAUACCCGAGGCUCGUGCUUCCCCAGACUUAUUUUUGUCCGCCUGCGCGUUGGUGUUCAGUCACCUCUGCCUUCCUCUACUUCCAAGGCCUCACUCCUGACUUCAGGCAUCAUACGAGCGUCACUUGGUUUCUGAUUGUUGAUGGCACUUGGGUGCAGCUGGAUCUGUCCGUUGGUGAUGCCUGGUCCACUGUUGGCCUUACUGGUCUGAAAACGCUUUUCUGCUAUGGACCGCCAGAGAUCUUUGGCUACAUCCCUGCGUUCAUUGUCCACAUUGCCAACCUCAUUGGCCUUCCUGCGCAUGAGAUCCAAGCUGUUCCUGUUCCCUUUCAAACUCCACCGGGCAUGUGCGGAUGGUCCUUGCUUCAUGGAUUUUUUCAGAGGAUGCAACUUGUCAUGCCGGACACGCCGCACGCUUUCCUCGAUAUCCUUGCCAACACUAGACACCGGGAACUUGUUCGAGUCAUCAAGGGCACUGACUUUGCUUGUUGGGAGAAUUCUGGAGUUGCUGCCGACACUGUGGACUUUGCAUAUGAUGCCAGGAACGGUUUCCUCUGCCGCAUUCUUGAAGGCCGCACUACUGAAGCCUUCGAUUGUGCUGGAGGUGUCGACGAUGGUUCAAGCAAGUCGGAUCCUCAUGCGAGUGCAGCUUCCACUGUGAAGGCCAACACGGCCCAAGAUCCAUGGGCCUCGGGGGACCCAUGGGCGAAGAAACCCAA